CAAAGUCACAAUAUUUUUUACCGUUCAAUUUCCGUAAACUUUAAAGCUGUCAAGAUUCUGCAUGCUGUAAAGUUUGUUGCUGUCUGUGUAUCUGUUGAUAUAUAUUAUAAUAAAAUAUGAUGUAGAAUCUGGAAAAAGAUUCAAUGGACAUUCUCAAGAAAAUCUGGAAACAUUUUUGCUAAUGGAUUUCCUUCUAAUUGGUGUCUGUUUAAACUGGAUUUUAAGAAAGCCCCCAGGGUUAAUAUUGUGUACAUUGACUAUACUGGUUAAAAUGCUUCCACUUGUGAGCAGUGGAUGCCCACGGCUGUGCCGAUGUGAGGGCAAAUUUUUGUACUGUGAAUCACAGAAUUUUACAGAACUGCCUCAAAAUCUGUCCGGCAUUAUGGGCUUGUCUCUGCGGAACAACAGCUUUUUAGAGCUGCAAGAUGGACAAUUUACAGGGUUAAUUCAGCUCACGUGGCUUUAUCUGGAUCACAAUCAUAUAUGUUCAGUGGAGGGGAAUGCCUUUCAAAAGCUGCGUAGAGUUAAAGAGCUCACUCUGAGUUCUAACAAAAUAACACAUUUGCCCAACACCACUUUCCGGCCGAUGCCAAACUUGCGUAUUGUGGAUUUAUCAAACAAUAGCCUACAGUCUUUGGAACCGGAUCUCUUCCAUGGGUUGCGUAAGCUGACGACUUUACAUAUUCGCCACAAUGAAAUCAAGUUUGUGCCAGUGAGAAUCUUUCAGGACUGUCGCAGUUUAACAUUUCUGGACUUGGGAUACAAUCAGUUGAAAAGCCUGGCUCGUAACUCUUUUGCAGGCUUGUUUAAACUUACAGAACUGCAUCUUGAGCACAAUGACUUAGUAAAGGUGAAUUUAGCCCAUUUUCCAAGACUGCUUUCUCUACAUUCACUUUUUAUGAAGAAGAAUAAAGUAACUAUAGUUGUUAAUUCAUUGGACUGGGUGUGGAAACUAGAAAAAAUGGACCUCUCUGGUAAUGAGAUUGAGUACAUUGAACCUCAUGUCUUUGAAAGUGUACCUCACUUGGAAUCCUUGCAGUUAGAUUCCAACCGCCUCACCUAUAUUGACUCUAGAAUCCUUAACUCUUGGAACUCCCUCACCAGCCUCAGCUUGUCUAGUAACAACUGGGAUUGUGGACGAAAUGUUUGCGCCUUGGCCUCCUGGUUGAGCAAUUUCAAGGGUCGUUAUGAUGGCAAUCUGCUGUGUACCACCCCUGAGUAUGCCCAAGGAGAGGAUGUGCUAGAUGCUGUGUAUGCAUUUCAUUUAUGUGAAGACCCUAUGGAUCCAACCAGUGCCAAUUCUCUUUCAAUAGCAUUAAACAACAGUGAUAAAAUUGCCAACCACAGUCCUACCACCACAUCCACGUAUAAUGUGCAGGACACUGAAGGAGAAAGAACAACAUAUAGCCUAACAGCCACUAUAGCCAGUGAACAUCCUGAAAACACUGUUCAGAUCCAUAAGGUAGUGACCGGGACAAUGGCCCUCAUUUUUUCCUUUCUAAUUGUGGUUUUAAUGUUGUAUGUUUCAUGGAAAUGUUUUCCAGCCAGCCUGAGACAACUAAGACAAUGUUUUGUCACACAACGUAGAAAACAAAAGCAGAAACAAACUAUGCAUCAAAUGGCUUCAAUGUCAGCACAGGAGUAUUAUGUUGAUUAUAAACCCAACCACAUUGAAGGAGCACUGGUUAUCAUUAAUGAGUAUGGUUCUUGUUCCUGCCACCAGCAGCCCGCAAGGGAGUGUGAGGUGUGAUUUUUUUUUUGUUUAUCUCUUUCAUUGGGAAUUAAACAUACAACCAAAUAACAAUGGCAGACCGGCUGAUGGCAUACAUAUUAAUGUAUUCAGACGCAUUUCUUGACAGACAUAUGGACAGGAUCCAUUGGGGGGAAAAAACAUGACAUUUUAGCUUUACUGUGUCUUAAAAACUUCAAGACAAAGUCAAACAUAAAAAUAAAAUAAAAAUUCAUAUGGUAUGAAGAUCUGUCUAUAUUCAGGAAAUCUGAAAGUGUAAAAAAAAAGGUACCAUUUAUUGAUUUUUUUUUUGUAAACUACAAUGUUUAAAAUAAAAUAGAAUUUCCAAUA